UCUAGCCCACCAAGAUGUCGGAAGUAGUUUCGAAUAGUACCACUGCGGCGCCCAGCUCGACGGGGGAAGAUCCCGAGGAAUGGUCGUUGCUGUUUUACUGGGGCAUGUUUAUCGGGAUGUUUCUGUUGUCGAUGCCGCUUGUGAUACUGAUUCUAUGGUCUUGCAAUCGACAAAAUAAAAAGAUUCGAGAGCACAAAAAACGAGAAGCAGAAAAGGAAUUGUUGCACCAAGAACAGUCGGUUCAACCUUCCGGUAGCGCAGACAAAGAGGAGGAUAAGGUGGAAUGUCACCCCGAUAGCGGUACUACAGGUGGCAGUCUCCAAAAAGUGGAGGAGGGAAAAGAGUGUCAUCCAGAGGAACAACAGCAACAACAACAACAAUCUACGACAGAACCAGCCAAAAGCACCAUGACUUUUAGCAGUGUCAUCCAGGGCACCUAUUCGGCGGAUGCAGAUGAUGACGCAGCUCCACAGUCCAGUAGCACCAUUGUCAUUACCAUGGAUGGGGAUGGCCAGGAAGCCGUGGAUGUCGAGGCCGACGGUGGAGUCGAAAUGUCCCUACAACUUCCUUCAUAA